AUGGCAGAAAAUCGAGAUAAAGGAAUUGCUCAAGCAAGUGAUGACAACAACUCGGGACAAACAAUGCAAGGUGGGGUCGAUGCAUUCCAUAUGCAAGCCUUAGUAAGCCACUUUGAGAAGUUGCUUGACCGUAAACUAGAAGGACUUCAUGAAAGAUUGGAUCAAGUAGAGAAUCAAGUGGCCGGUCCAAGAGCUACAAAUCCAAGACAUGCUGUAAAUCCACAUCCUCAACCCCCUAUUUAUAAUGAGUAUUUGGAGGAUCCAAGCGAUGGAGAAGAAUAUGAGGACAUUCGGCCAAGAAGAUUGAAUCGGCCAAGAGAUAGACCGAGACGACCUAGAGAAGAAGACGGUGGCCUAGGAGGAGUUAAGGUCACCAUUCCUUCAUUUAAAGGAAAGAGUGAUCCCGAACUCUAUUUGGAGUGGGAGAUGCGUGUCGAGCAAAUCUUUUCAUGCCACAACUACUCGGAGAGUAAAAAGGUAAAACUCGCAGCCCUUGAGUUUACUGAUUAUGCUCUUGUUUGGUGGGAUCAAAUGCAAAAGGAACGGGUUAGGAAUGGUGAACGUCCCAUCACAACAUGGGAAGAGAUGAGAGCAACCAUGAGGAGAAGGUUCGUUCCAUCCUAUUAUCGUCGUGAGCUUCACAACCAUCUCCAACGUCUUACUCAAGGUUCUAAAAGUGUUGAUGAGUACUACAAGGAGAUGGAGAUUGCCAUGAUUCGAACUAACAUUAUAGAGGACAAUGAAGCAACUAUGGCUCGUUUCUUGCAUGGGCUCAAUCGGGAUAUCGCCGAUGUUGUGGAGAUGCACCACUAUGUAGAACUUGAAGAGAUGGUACACCAAGCCAUCAAGGUGGAACAACAACUCAAGCGAAGAGGACAUUUGAGGAAGACUUCUAACUCGUCGGCAUUCGGUCCAUGGAAGAACAACCCUAAGAAAGACACCCCUACUACAUCAAGAUUCAAGCAGGCAGAUCCUAAACAUGAUGACAAAGUUGCUACCAAAAAGGUACAGCCUGAGCCCAAUUCUUUAAGAAAUCGUGAUAUAAAGUGUUUCAAGUGCCAAGGAAAAGGACACAUAGCAAGUGAGUGUCCUAACCGACAUACAAUGAUCUUCAACAAUCAUGGAGAGUUGGAAACCGAGGAAGAAAUCACCGACAAAGAGGAAUCAACAAAAGAAGAUGGUGAUGGAGAGUAUGCCGAAGAAGGAGAAUUGCUUGUUACUAGAAGAACCCUUAGUGCCCAGAUGUUGGAGGAAGAUAAUUGCCAAAGAGAAAACUUGUUCCAUACACGCUGUCAAGUUCAUGGAAAGGUAUGUAGUAUGAUUAUUGAUGGUGGAAGUUGUUGCAAUGUGGCAAGUACUGAAUUGGUUCAAAAAUUAAGUCUACCUACUUUCAAGCACCACCGCCCGUACAAGCUUCAAUGGUUGAAUGAGUGUGGAGAGCUGAAGGUGACCAAGCAAGUAAAGGUAUUUUUUUCAAUUGGAAGAUAUAAGGAUGAGGUUUUAUGUGAUGUUGUACCAAUGAAAGCAUGCCACAUACUGUUGGGAAGACCAUGGCAGUUUGAUAGGCAAGAUUAUGAAGAUGUCUUUCCGGAUGAGAUGCCACCAGGUUUGCCACCCAUUCGAGGGAUAGAACAUCAAAUUGACUUCAUUCCGGGAGCAUCCUUGCCAAACCGCCCAGCAUAUCGUACCAAUCCCGAAGAAACCAAAGAGAUUCAAAGGCAAAUCCAAGAAUGGAUGGCCAAAGGUUAUGUGAAGGAGAGCCUUAGUCCUUGUGCAGUUCCGGUGUUGCUCGUACCUAAGAAGGAUGGCACAUGGCGGAUGUUUAUUUUCCUUGGUUUUGUUGUAAGUAGUGAAGGAAACACAGUUGACGAAGAAAAGGUCAAAGCUAUUCAAGAUUGGCCAACCCCCACCACUAUUGGAGAAGUGAGGAGCUUUCACGGCCUUGCAAGCUUUUAUAGGCGAUUUGUGAAGGACUUUAGCACCAUGGCAGCCCCAUUGAACGAGUUAACCAAGAAAAAUGUUCCAUUCAAGUGGGGAAACGCACAAGAGAAAGCCUUUCAAGCUAUAAAAGAGAAGCUUACCCAUGCACCUUUGCUAGCCCUUUCCGACUUUGGUAAGACUUUUGAAAUUGAAUGUGAUGCAAGUGGGAUUGGCAUAGGAGGAGUUCUUAUGCAAGGAGGGAGGUCAGUUGCAUAUUUCAGUGAGAAAUUAAGUGGGCCAACACUUAACUACCCUACAUAUGACAAGGAGCUUUAUGCAUUGGUUAGAGUAUUGGAAACUUGGCAACAUUAUUUGUGGCCAAAAGAGUUUGUAAUACAUUCUGAUCAUGAAGCACUCAAGUAUAUUAAAAGUCAAAGCAAGCUUAGCCGUCGACAUGCAAAGUGGGUAGAGUUUAUUGAGUCAUUUCCAUAUGUGAUCAAGCACAAGAAAGGUAAGGAGAACAUUGUUGCUGAUGCACUUUCAAGAAGGCAUGAUGGAUUUUUAUUUCGAGCCAACCAGCUUUGUGUUUCUAAUUGUUCUAUUCGUUCAUUAUUGUUAAAGGAAGCACAUUCUGGGGGUUCGAUGGGUCACUUUGGUAUUUCUAAAACUUUGGGAGUCUUGAGCGAACACUUUUAUUGGCCAAAGAUGCGUAGAGAUGUUGAAAAGUUUGUGGGAAAAUGCAUAGUUUGUCAUAAGGCAAAGUCAAAGCUUAAUCCCCAUGGAUUGUACAUGCCCCUCCCUAUUCCUAGUGUACCUUGGGAAGAUAUUUCAAUGGACUUUGUUUUGGGAUUACCUAGGUCUAAGAGGGGGAGAGAUUCUAUUUUUGUUGUUGUAGACAGGUUUUCCAAAAUGGCACACUUUAUAGCAUGCCAUAAAGUUGAUGAUGCCUCUAAUAUUGCUAAUCUUUUCUUUCAGGAAAUUGUGAGGCUUCAUGGUAUGCCAAGGACUAUAGUGUCCGAUCGAGAUGCCAAGUUCCUUAGCUACUUUUGGAAAACUUUGUGGGGCAAGCUUGGAACUAAGUUGCUUUUCUCUACUGCUUGCCAUCCACAAACCGAUGGGCAAACUGAGGUGGUCAAUAGGACACUUUCGACAUUGUUGAGAACAAUUGUGAAAAAGAACUUAAGGAGUUGGGAAGAGUGUCUACCGCAUGUCGAGUUUGCGUACAAUAAGGCUAUCCACUCCACUACUAAGUUUUCACCCUUUCAGAUUGUUUAUGGUUUUAAUCCUCUUGCACCUAUUGAUUUAAUUCCCUUGCCCUUAGUAUGGUUGCAUCUUAGAAAAGAGAGGUUUCCCGACAAAAGGAAGUCCAAGCUCAUGCCAAGAGGGGAUGGACCAUUCCGAGUCCUUGACAAGCAAAAAAAAUUCAAGAUCCAAUGGACCAAGAUUUAA